GGAAGCGGCCGCUGUGCGCCGGCGGUGUCGGGCGGGUGCGCGGGGCCGGCCGGGAGCGGCCGGGCCGGGGCUGCGGGGGGCGAGCGAGCGGCCGGGCCAGGCGGGCCGGGCCGGGCCCCGCCAUGGCGGCCGAGGGGAAGGUGACGGGGCAGAGCCAGGAGCAGUUCCUGCUGCUGGCCAAGGCGGCCCGCGGCGCCGCGCUCGCCAGCCUGAUCCACCAGGUGCUGGAGGCCCCGGGCAUCUACGUGUUCGGGGAGCUGCUGGACAUGCCCGCCGUCCGCGAGCUGGCCGACAGCGAGUUCUCCCCCGUGUUCCGCCUCCUCACCAUCUUCGCCUACGGCACCUACGCGGACUACCUGGCUGAAGCAGCAAACCUCCCUCCCUUGACAGAGGCCCAGAAGAACAAACUGAGGCACCUGUCAGUCGUCACUCUGGCUGCCAAGAUCAAGUGCAUCCCCUACUCAGUGCUGCUUGAGCAGUUGCAGCUGAAGAAUGUCCGGCAGCUGGAGGACCUGGUGAUUGAGGCUGUGUACGCAGAUGUGCUGCGAGGGAGCUUGGAUCAACGGAACCAGCGCCUGGAGGUGGAUUACAGCAUUGGGAGGGACAUCCGGAGGGAGGAGCUUAGCACCAUCACCCGCACAUUGCAGGAGUGGUGCCAGGGCUGCGAGGUUGUGCUGUCAGGCAUUGAGGAGCAGGUCAGCCGGGCCAACCAGCACAAAGAGCAGCAGCUGGCCCUGAAGCAGCAGAUCGAGAGUGAGGUGGCAAACCUGAAGAAGACCAUUAAAGUGACAACAGCAGCCGCUGCAGCAGCCACGUCCCAGGACCCAGAGCAGCACCUCACGGAGCUCAGGGAGCCGGCCCCUGGCACCAACCAGCGCCAGGCGAGCAAGAAAACUUCCAAAGCCAAAGGGCUCCGGGGCAGCACGAAGAUUUGGUCUAAGUCAAACUAGUUGGAUCUCCCUUCACAACUGGGAGGGCAGCGUCUCCCUCCUUUUCAUCGCAGCAUUUCACACUCUGAGCUUCAGGUUGUACGCGUUGCUGUUUCCCCAACCACUCAAGCCCCUGUUGCCACGGCCAGGUUUUUCUCUCUUUCUCUCUCCCUGUCUUUUGACAGGUCAUUUUCAGGAGCCAUAAAGGUGUGACAGUCACCUUGGCACCCCCCGGGCAUCACAAAAGCUUGGAAAGAGGGUGCUGGUGUGCAGCAGUUGUUCUGGCUCUAUGAGACCCCUGGGAUACUUUGCUCCAGGACACCGUCUUUGAUUGUUUAAUCUUUGUUUUGCUAGGUGGGAGGGUAGUUUUUGAAGGGAUUCUUUUAAAAAGUAUAUAAAUAUAUUAUAAAUAUAUAUAAAACAAUAAAAAUAUAGAUCUAUGGACAUAUCUAUACAAACCUGCGCUCCUGUGGGUGGCAUCUCUUCGCCUUGUACACCAAUUCUGGAGGUUCCACAAUAAGCUGUGACAUUAAGACCCUUUGUCCCAUUUUGGGGUGGAAUAUCUUCUCAAAGGUUCCCUUCUCAAAGGUAGUGCCGCAGUAUCUCUAUUGGGAUGAGAGUCCAUAAAACAGAAAUUAAUCAUAAAUCUUACUUAAAGUGUUUCUUGUGUGGUUGAUUUUUCCUCUAGACUCUUCAAAAGGUGAUUUUCAGGUAGUCUCAGAGGAAGGUGCAGAGACUGAAGAAAAAGUCCUUAUUUGUGUCAAUACUGUGUGUCUUGUGAUCCUGGACAGAAUGGAAAGUGAUGUGGGGACUUGCCUGACAGGUGGAGGUAACAGAGUCAGUGCCCACAUGUGUGAGUUCUCACAGCAUAGUUGCUGCACAAGCUGUUCUCGGGUGGUGGUGAUGUCUGGUUGGAAAAAAAAAAAUCCAAAUCAGUGAAAGUGACUCCUGUGAGAUGCCCAGGAAAAAAAAAAACUAACUCGGAUUCUUCAAAGGAUGCCUCCUCAAGGCUGGCUUGGAGCCGAGUCAGACGGGUGUCAGUGUCACACUGCCUCUCCAUGACAUGUAGCUGAUGUAAAUGUAAAUUGACACCAUGACUCCCACCCCCGCUUGGUUCUGUACCUUGUGCCAAGACUAAAAUUUGAUUCCCUGAA